UCCCACCCAAACACAGACACAGGAGAGUCGGGAACAAAACAGGUAAUUUUGCCAUCCUCACGUCCCGCUCCCAAUCGAAACCGAAACCCUAACCCUAAGCCUUACCCUCCCAAAAUCACAGAAAUUUGUUCGAUCGAUCGAUCAAUCAAUCAAUCAGUUUUCGAUAGUUUUCAGUUCGAAUUCGCAGAACAGAUCGUUAUUCCUCAAACAAUCGAUCAAAAUGGUGUUAGCACAGUUAGGUGGAAGCAUAUCGCGUGCUCUCCAGCAGAUGAGCAAUGCGACAAUAAUUGACGAGAAAGUUCUCAACGAGUGCCUCAAUGAGAUCACUCGAGCUCUUCUUCAGUCCGAUGUCCAGUUUAAGCUCGUUCGCGAUAUGCAGACCAAUAUUAAGAAGAUCGUCAAUCUCGAUGACCUCGCUGCUGGCCAUAACAAGCGUAAGAUCAUUCAACAGGCUAUUUUUAACGAGCUUUGCAAAAUGUUGGAUCCUGGGAAGCCGUCUUUCACUCCAAAGAAAGGGAAAACAAGUGUAGUCAUGUUUGUCGGUUUGCAAGGGUCUGGGAAAACCACAACAUGUACGAAAUAUGCAUAUUACCACCAGAAGAAGGGUUGGAAACCAGCUCUGGUGUGUGCAGAUACUUUCCGAGCUGGUGCUUUUGAUCAGUUGAAGCAGAAUGCCACUAAAGCUAAAAUUCCUUUUUAUGGAAGCUAUAUGGAGUCAGAUCCUGUUAAAAUUGCAGUUGAAGGCGUAGAAAGAUUCAAGCAGGAAAAUUGUGACCUUAUAAUUGUUGACACCAGUGGACGCCAUAAACAGGAAGUUGCUCUCUUUGAAGAAAUGCGUCAAGUUUCUGAAGCAACGAAACCGGAUCUUGUUAUAUUUGUUAUGGAUAGUAGUAUUGGUCAAGCAGCAUUUGAUCAGGCUCAAGCAUUCAAGCAAAGUGUUGCAGUUGGAGCUGUGAUUGUUACCAAGAUGGAUGGUCAUGCAAAGGGUGGUGGUGCUCUUAGUGCAGUUGCUGCAACAAAAAGCCCUGUAAUAUUUAUUGGAACUGGAGAGCAUAUGGAUGAGUUUGAGGUUUUUGAUGUUAAACCAUUUGUCAGUCGUCUUUUAGGCAUGGGUGACUGGUCUGGAUUCAUGGACAAAAUUCAUGAAGUGGUACCUAUGGAUCAACAGCCUGAGCUCCUACAAAAGCUUUCUGAAGGAAAUUUCACCUUGAGGAUUAUGUAUGAGCAAUUUCAAAACAUACUCAAAAUGGGUCCUAUUGGCCAGGUAUUUUCAAUGCUUCCAGGAUUUAGUGCAGAGUUAAUGCCAAAAGGUCGUGAAAAGGAAAGCCAGGCAAAGAUCAAACGUUACAUGACAAUGAUGGAUUCAAUGACUAACGAAGAGUUGGAUAGUUCGAACCCAAAGCUCAUGAACGAAUCAAGGAUCAUGAGGAUAGCAAGGGGAUCGGGUCGACACGUUCGGGAAGUGAUGGAAAUGUUCGAAGAGUACAAGCGACUCGCCAAGAUUUGGAGCAAGAUGAAGGGGCUGAAGAUUCCUAAGAAGGGAGAUAUGAGUGCUUUAUCACGCAACAUGAACGCACAACAUAUGAGCAAAGUCCUUCCCCCACAGAUGCUGAAGCAGAUCGGUGGCAUGGGCGGGUUACAAAACUUGAUGAAACAAAUGGGUUCGGGUUCUGCUAAAGACAUGAUGGGGAUGUUCGGAGGUGGUGGUGGUGGGGAUUAGUGUAUCAGAAAACUACUGCAGCGGCAAGUUCGAUAGAUUGUCAAGUACAACUGUUGUAUGCAUUGGUUGGCAGGAAAAUAGAACCUGCAUGCCUUCAAACUCGAACAAAUAGAGCCCUCUGUUUUGCUAAAGAAUUUUUUUUUUCUUUUUUCGUUUGUAGACAGAGGCAGAGCCAAUGUAGGACCAGGGAGUCACGUGCCUCCCUGGGUUUUUCAUAUUUAUACCAUUUCCCUUAUAUAUGAAGUUUAUGUCUAAUUUGUCCUUCAUAAAAUAAUAAUAGUGUCCCCUCUUUAAACCAUGUAAAAAAAAUUGUAUUUAAAUUUUUUUAAAAGUGCUCUAUUUUUUUUUUU